AUGCAAUUUCAAACUGAUAAUUAUACAGGUUAUUCUUUUAGUCAUAAAAGUUGUCGGAGAAUUUUAUCUAUACACUCAAUUGUUGGACAGACUAAACUAGUGAUGCAGUCAUGCAGUGAAUUGGUACGUUGUACAACAUCUAUUUGUAAUGAAAAGAAUGUGUCCCCAUCACAAAUACUUACAUCCUCUUGUCAAGGUGAUGAUAUUUUCAGUCGUUGUGAUUCCAGUACACCUACUAUGAAUACAAAUUCUUCCGGUAAGAAAUUAGAAUAUAUGGCUGAUCAAGUUUGUGAAGCUUUAAAAGGUUUAGUAACUCAAACUAAGGAGACAGCAAAGUUUAUUACAAAUGAUUUUGAAAAUCUACCAACUGAUAAAGUGAUUCCAAUACCUGGUCCAUUAUUACAACGUUUAAAUGGAGCUUAA